CGCCGGGCGCUACAGUUCGGACCUGCCGCCGCGCCGCCAUUUUGUUUUGUGACGCCAUUCCGUGUCACUUCCUUAUCAAUCCGUUUAAAAAAAAGUCUUGGUAUCGGAUAUUCUAGUGCGGACUAUUGGAUUCAUAAAAGAUUCCAAACACCACAAACGUGUUACCCCGAAAUUCACAGUAUCACCAUAAAAUCUCUUGUAAACUCUCGAGACUUCAACAUGAUAGAAGACAAUUGAAGCAGCUGGACUACCACACUCCGAUACCCUUCGGUUCAGUGAAUGUGAAUCAGUCAAGAUGAAGAAAUCUCAAUAGAGGACUAGAGCGUCUAGCUCGUCAGCAGACCUGCACCCUAAAUGCUAAAUUACAGGCUGGUUUCCACCCACUUCUUGAAGCAGCCGUAAUUUCCGCGAGUCCACAUCAUAUUGACUGUUUGUGACGUGCCAAUAUGUGCCGAGAUUGGGACAUGUCGAAUGAGUCGAUCUUCGCGAGUGACAUCAUCAAAUAGUUAUAUUUAAGACUGUUCAGUGUACAGUAUAGUAGUAGAUUAUCGCCAAAACGGCGUUCGUAAACGCUUUGCCGCUGCGUUUUGUUUCGUUCGGUUUGUUUUACAUCAAAGGUUAAGCAAUAACCCGGUUUAGUAUCGGUUAGUUCCGAGUUCCGCCCGGCAGAGGGCGCGCGUGCUACCCUGGCAAGCCGCGCCCGCGACAAUAUUUCCAGGAUCUUGGAUUCCAUAGUUGGCGCUGCAAGAUAUUGCAUUAAACCACACAUAACGGCCGAAAGUUUUGGAAAUUUGGGAUUUAUUUUGAAGUAAACAUGGUACAAUUGGAUUUUAUACAGGGUUACGGACACCAAAGUGAGUGCUCAGACGAGCGGCGGGUUGUAAUUGGGUCCGGGUGGCCUGCGCAGUGCUGCGAGCGAGACAGCGAGCAGAGAGAAGCAGAAGAUAUGGCGGCGCCCGAGUGUGAGCGAGAGGCCCGCAAGCGGCGUGAGCGCAGGGACUCUGGCUGCGCGCACGAGCGCAAAGAGCGGCGGCCGCACAGCGAAGAGCGCUCGCCCCCACCGCCGCCACCGCCCCCGCUGCACGACUAUAACCGACUUGAGUCGGAGCGUCGCGCGGAGCGGUUGUCCCGCGCCCGCCGUCCGCAGUAUGGCGGCAAGAGGCGUCGCGCUCAAGCACGCAUCCCCAAGCAACCCAAAGAGAACGACUGCACCCCCAACAAUGAUGAAAGCAGCUCACCACUCCCCUUCGACUACAUCGUUCAGAAACCUCAAUUAUGCGACGAACCAGAAACCUUAGACGCCGGUGCGUUGGCGGCGGCUGUGCGCUGGAGUGGUAACGCGGCGAGAGCCGAGCGCACACGCAAGGAUGAACGCAGCGCUGCGCCGCGCACUCCCCGCCGCGACCAAUCCGGCCCGGACAAUACCCUUGAAAAGAUCAGCAAGAAGAUAACUGUGCUAAAGAAAAGCAUAGCGAAGUACGAAAGCGAGUAUGAAUCCAAAAAUGGCUACGCGAUAACAGCAAGCGAGCGGAUAACUGACGUGCAACUGACACGCAUGUAUGAUACCCUAAAACGCCUGCAGGAAGAGAAAAAAUGUAUAAAGGCCGACCCUGUCGAGUAUGCCAUGAAAGUCCAAGCAGCUAAGCAGCAGAAAGAACGAGAUGACAAACUUGAUAUAGCGCUGAAGAGUGAGAAAUCUAUGACUGAUGUUGUUCGCGACAUUGAAGAGUGGCUUGAAGGUUGUCGGAAAGCAGCAGGAAGAUCAGCAGUGCCAGAGACGAACUGGACGGCAUCCCAGCUUGCCGCUGAAAAGUCUUGCGUACAACGGGCACUCCUCCGUCUAGAAGCUGCUAGGGGUAGACCACCAGCACACUCGGCAGAACGCGGCGCAGCAAGGCAUCUGUACGACCGCUACAGAAACGUUAAAAGGGCCUUGGCUUCUAGACCUGAUACGGGCAUUGGUACCAAUGGUGAACUGGCAACGAUUCAUGAGCAUGAGGCUAUGAUUUUCAACACCAGUGUCGACAGCUCGAGCGAUUCUCAAGACAAACCCUCGGACUCUACACUGGUCAUGACCUGCGUAUUAGAUAUGAAAGAGGAAACACCAGAAACGCCGCUGCAGUCUCCACCAGCGAAAGAGAAUGCAGGGGAAGAGUUUCCAUCGUCAACAUCAUCAGCUCAAUCUGCGACCACCAGUGAAGAGGCCACUCCAUCCAACGAGGGCCUCCACUGCCUUGGCUUGGAAGACUUAUCCAGAGCACUCUCAGAGGCCAAAUUGCACAAAUGUGUACUACGUCGAAGCAUCAAAGAGUACGAGAUAAGUUUUGAGCUUCAGAACAGCAGGAAGGUACAAAGGGACGAUAAGAAAGGAAGAGAGGAGGAAUACCUUCGAUACAAGGCUAUUAAGGCCCGUAUAAAACUGCUCAAUGCUCUUAUUAACAAGCAAAAAACACUAAUCGAGUGAACGAAUAAUGUGAAGGUGAUUGCGCACUGUGUAGGAAAAGACCACAAUUAUUAUAGUCCUGCCAUGACUUUGCACAAUAAUGGUCAUAUCAGGACCACGCUCUAGUGAUUUGACGCUCCAAUGAUUUUGAGUAUGUCUAUCGCGGUCUAUACCUAUAAUAUCUAAUGAAUUGGCUAUAUGAGGCAGGUCUAUAUUAUAUUUAUUUAGUGGUCUUGAACUAACUGUACGCGGUCACCUAUAGGAAUAUCCAUUUUCAGUCCUAUUUUUGGACAAAUUUGUGCUCUAGACAGUUAGAGCAUGUUGGUCGAAAAGCAAAGAUGAGCAAAUAUAUCAAUCGUUAUUGAUAUUGGCCUAGGAGCGGCCUGAGAAAUCUAUGACGAGUCAAAGAAUGUACUUAAUGACUUAUAUUUCGUAUAUUUUCACCCAGAUGUAAUAUUUAUAUUCUAACUUGUGGUGUUGUUUGGUCGAAAUUUUAAACAUUUUAAAGUUUUCUUUAGACUCGUGAAAUGAAUUGUGAACUAAAGUUACCAUAAAUUACAUAAUUUUAUUUAUUUUGAUAGAAAAUCUUGAGCUUCCUUAAGGGCGUUUACUUACUUAAAUAUUAAUUAUAAUAAAAUCAAGCAAUGUUAUAUUUCAAGUUGAUUCAAGUACUUUAUACUUAAGUACUACAUUAUAUACCUACGUUACUUCUGUAUAAAAUUUAUGAUUGUGAAUUAGCAUUAUUAUUGCUCUUAAUUAGUUUUAGAUGUACCACAAAUCCAGUGUAAAGGCCCCCAUAUAUAUAUAUAUAUAU